AUGGUGAUGAUGAUGUUGAUGACGGUGAUGGUGAUCAUGAUGGUGAUGAUGACGGUGCUAGAAGAUUCGGUAGACGCCCCCCCCCCCAGCCCGCCUAGGAGGGCAGCGGAAGUAGUAACUCAACAUGGACAGAAAGUUCGAGCAGCGCCACUCCUGUCGGGAGGGGCUCUGGUGACCCCGGGCUCUGGUCUCAGGAGCACAGGUGAAAGGUCAGGGGUCGGGGGCCCAGGGGACGCAGGAGGCAGGGGCUCGACCUCCGCGGGUGUCGCCGGCGCCGCGGGGCCCACGGGGCCUGGAGCCCCGUCCCGGGGGCCCCCGCCCGCGUCCCCGCCGCCCGCCGCCGGCCGAGCCCGGGUGAAGGAGCAGAUCCGGAUCAUCGUGGAGGACCUGGAACUGGUCCUGGGCGACCUGAAGGACGUGGCCAGAGAACUGAAGGAGGUCGUGGACCAGAUUGACACGCUGACCUCUGACCUGCAGCUGGAGGAGGAGAUGACGGACAGCUCCCGGACCGACACGCUCAACAGCAGCUCGAGCGGCACCACGGCCUCCAGCCUGGAGAAGACCAAGGAGCGCGCCAGGGCCCCGGCCCCGGCCCCGGCCUGCGCGCCCGAAGCCCAGCCGUUAACCCGGGGGCCGCUUCCAGGUAGAAGUUGUGCUUCGCUAGGUGAUGAAGCCGCAUGGCUUCAAUUGGCCAGGCCAUUGAGCAGCAUCCGUGGACUCAUCCUGACAGGAGCCUGUGGUAUCACUGAUGGGAACAGGGAAAAGGACCGCUGGUCUGGGCCUGUGCUCAAGGGUCACUGUCAAAUCCCCGACCCUCCACAAAUACCUGCAGAGUUAGCUGAGCCAUCUUGA